GCACACGUAUCCCGCCCGGCACGAGACAAUUACUCCUUCUUUGGUGUUUGAGUGGGAUACAUUGAUUAGGAGGUACUUAUACUUUCCAAAUCUAUUUGGGUGAUCUGAAUAAAAGGUGAUAGGCGACCUACAUCAUCUCUCAAGUAUUUGGGACAGGGCGAGUGCGCUGAACUUUUAUUAGUGCGCUCGCAAAACGUCUAAAAAUAUUGUGUUGUGACUAACGCUAACCGUGUAAAUUGUGAAGUGUUUAAACUCUCCUGAACUUCCUGUGGGAUGGGAUGUGGAUGGGUACAGUGAAAUCGUAGAAACGUUAGCAACGGGAUAGACAUCGUGAGGCUCUUGCUGUGUUUCUUUUAAAUAUCGAACGAAAUUAAAUUAUUUCGGUGUUGUGUUUUGUUUUGUGAAAAAUAAAAUAAUGACUCCAGGACCUACCAUUGUACGAGUAGCCCCAAGCGGCGUUAGCGGCGCCAAAGGCAUCAAAUGUUGCUGUUGUCGGUGUUGUGAGUGCUUCAACCUCGGAUAUCUCACAACGCAGCAUGGGCUCAUCAAACUGGCAGAAGCUAUGCUAGGUGGUCUAUGCCAGAGUCUGUUGGUUAAGUAUGGAAUGUCAGAGGCUGGAAGCAUGGGUUCAGCAUUCCAUGGUUUCCUGACGACGGCAUCCGCUUGCUUGCUCACCACUGCGUUGCUCAUUGCGAGUUACGUCCUUUCAUCAAACACGCAGCAGCUCAUACGGCAAUCUAUCUUCGAAUGCCUGUUUAAUGGGGUUGCGUGUUUCCUAUAUCUCUCCGCAUCGUCGUAUAUGGGUGUUGCAGUGAAUAUUUAUCUAUACCCGAAGUAUGCUUUGGUGAGCAUGUACUCCGCAUAUCCUGCGAUGACUGCUGUAUACUAUAUUGGAGUGGUGGUGGGAAUACUUCAUGGCGUCGACGCUUACAUAUCUUAUAAGUAUCACAAAGGCUACCGAUGAUGUAAUACGAAAUCAUGUUUUUCAUUCCAUGUUUAUAAAUUAAUGCCUUGCUAUUUUGUAUAUAAAUAAGCUUAAGUUUUAAAAUACAUACUAAUAUUCAUUAAUAAAAUAACUAGUUCCUUAUUUUUCUUGGCUAUUGCUUGUAGAAACAGAGUAAAUUAUUAAGGUGGAAGUAUUGUUAGGGUAAGUUUUAAUAAAUAUGGAGUAUAACAUAAUACAAAGCAUAAAACGCCUUCGUCGAAACUGUCCUAUAGCGUUGACGUUUUCAUACCGGCGUUAUGAUAAACUAAAUUACUUAACCUUUACAUAAAAAAGUUCUCAGUAAUAACUUAAUCAAGGUUAUUACUUUUUAUUGUUAGGUAUUUGUUUUAUUUAUUCACUGCAAAUCGGCUUAUGCCCCUAUAAUUUGUAUUGGCGUAGAUAUUAAAUUGCUACUCAGUUAUCAUUGUUUAUUAAGUAUUCAUUCAUGUUAAACAUCAAAUAACAUACUACAUUGUUGUCAACAAAACCAAUUCCGUUCUUAUUAAGGAUUUUAGUUUUGGGGAGGGUUUAUUCCAUUACUCUCUUUUACAAAUAAUUAUGUUACCUACUCUAUUCACUUCUCUUUAUUUCUAUCAAAUGUUGGCUUAGCCUUGUUAAUACAAUGAGUAUUUGAAACGGUGUUAUUUUAAAGUUGCAAAGGGUGACUUAAAUAUUUUGAAAUUUAAGGAGCAGUUACUACACUGUAAGCCGAGGUAGAGACGUACUUUAUACUUAAAAGUUGUACUUUAUAUGUUCUUUAAUAAAGGAUGUCUAUUUAUUUA